AUGCCUUUCAUUUUUUGUUGCAGUUUCCUAAAACGGAGAAAGAAGAAGCAACAGACCGACCAGAACGUAACGGAUCAGAAUGUUGCUGGUAGACAUAUUUACUCCAACACAAUACAUACUAAUUCAGGAGAUAGAAAUAGUCAUUCUGACGGUUAUGACCAUAUUCCUAAUAAUUUUAUUCAGACCAAUCGCAAGAAAGCAGUCCAAGUGGUAAUGCUGUCAACCGAAAACACAGAUUCGCUAGAUAAUGAUGGUUACUCAAAAUAUGGUGAAUAUACUCCAGAACAGCUCGAACACGAUCCGGAACAACUCGAACUUGCCCCGGGACAACUCGAAAGUGUUCCAAAUACCAACGAAGAGUGCGCAGAUAUUCAGAAGAAGCCACAGAAUGAUGCAAGUACGGACAAAGGAAUGGAACUCAACAAUAGUCAGAAUAAAAAGAUUGUAAAUGAUGAUUAUGAAAAUCUGCCGAAAGACAAACUGAAUCUAACGCGAGAAAUUAAGAGAAUUGUGGGCCCUAAAGGUGAUGAUUAUACUGUGGUUAAUAAAUGUUGA